AUGUCGCAGCAACCGAGUGCCCAACCUCCACCGAAGGCAAGCAAGGCAAACGCUCUCCUCACAUCAAGACAUGACGCGUCUGUGCCACUUCGUCUGCUGAGCACUGAUACUGCUCACUCCUCCCACACACUCAUCCUCGCCAUCGACAAAGGCGAAUUGACCGGAGGUGUCAGUGUCGGGAAAAGACUCUUGCCCCUCUCACAACACACAUUCGUGCCUUGUCUCUCCCUCCUCCCUCUAUCACCUCCACCAACACCACCACCACCACCACCACCCAACUACGACGCAACAUCCCGCAUGUGUUGGAAUGUGUCCAGUCGUGCGACACGUGGUAGACCGUCACCGCAAGCCUGCAAAGGCACCACCACCGCCGUCGACUCAAAGGGAACACUGGUGACAAUUCCAAAAGUGCCAAUCAACAUUUUGAGCCACGAUCAAACUCCCCGCCUUCCACCUUUCCUCUCGCAGAUGCGGAGCUUCAGGUUCUGCCACCAAUACAAAGCCUUAAAAAGCGAACAACCUGCCACCCAGCCAGCCACUCAGUCAGUUAGCAGCCAGCCAGCUAGUCAACCAAAUCAGUCGGUCGGUCGGUCAGUCGGUCGGUCGGGCGACCAGCCAGCCAGCCAGCCAGCCAAGCGGCCAACUGUGGCCAAUCGAUUUGGUCACGUGAUCUCCUCUCGCUGGCUCUGCACUUACUCCUGUAAACGCAUUUUGUCUCCGCUGGCCUUCAAGCCACGCGCUGAUUAG